ACAUUUUCAAAGCGCUUUGCGCGGGAAGGGCUAGGGUUGGGGAUUUUGAUGGAAUGGAAGAUCUACGAAGCACUGAGGUCUUGCAAUAAUCUCGCGGAGCUCCGAGAAGUCCACUCCAAUCUCCCUGCUAAGAAUCAUCCUCCCAGGCAGGUCUCCAGCUUGCUAAUUGAGCUCUAUGGCAAGUAUGGGAGCGUGAUCGAGGCCCGCCAGGUUUAUGAGCGCAUCCAACGCCCAGAUCUCUUCGCGCGGAGCGUGAUGAUGGUAGCCUAUGGCCGGAAUGGGUAUCUAGAAGAUGCCCAGCGCACAUUCUGGGCCAUGCCGGAGCACAACGUCGUGACGUGGACGUCCAUGAUUGGGCUAUACGGGCGGGCCGGCCGCGUGGACGACGCUAAGUGGCUUUUUGACGCGAUGCCCAUGUGGAACGUGGUGAGCUGGAAUGCCGUCGUGGCAGCAUAUGCCCAAAAUGGGCAUCUGUUCCAGUCGAGGAGGAUGCUCGAGGAGAUGCCCGAGCACGAUGCCGUGUCUUGGAAUAUCCUCCUCUCGGGGCUGGCUAGGGUUUUGGAUGUGGCGGGCGCCAAGGCGGUGUUCGAUCGCCUCCCCGAGGUCACGAUCGUGUCGUGCAACAUCAUGGUCGCGGCGUAUUCAUCGAUCGGCUGCUGGAAUCUGGCGGAGGAGCUGCUGGAUCGAAUGCCCGAGCAGAGCGUCGUGUCCUGGAACACGGCGCUGUCGAUCUUGGCCCAGAACGGGCAUCUCGGCCAGGCGAAGAUCGUCUUUGACAGGAUGCCGGAGCGGAGCGUGUUCUCCUGGACGGCGAUCAUGACGGCGUAUUCCAGUGCCGGGAAGAUCGACGAGGCGAGGAGCUUGCUCGAUCAGAUGCCGGAGUGGAGCGUGGUGGCUUGGAAUGCGAUGAUCGCGGUCUAUGCCCGGUCCGGGCAUAUGGCUGCUGCCGAGAGCGUCUUUUCGGGAUUGCCUGAGAAAGAUCUCGUCUCCUGGAACACGAUUCUUGCCGGCUAUGGCGAGAAUGACUCGCUGGAGCAUGCGAGGUAUGUGUUUGAUUUGAUGAGCGAGAGGAAUGCUGUGUCCUGGACGGCUGUGGUGGUAGCAUAUGCCCAGAAAGGGGAAAUUGGAGAGGCCAAGAAGCUGUUCGCUAUGAUGCCUGGGCAGGAAUUGGUAGCCUGGAACGCGAUUAUCUGUGAGAGUGGGCGAAGCUCUAGGCACUGCCGGGAUUCCAUGGAGCUCUUCCACGAGAUGGUGUUGCUGGGUGUGGAUCCGGACGAGGUUUCUUUCACGGGAGUUCUAAACGCUUGCAGCCAUGCCGGAUACUUGGAUCGCAGCUUGCACUAUCUCUCGAGUAUGUGGAGCGAUCACGGCUUGACGCCCAUGAAGGAGCAGCUUUGCUGCUUGAUAGAUGUUCUUGGUCGAGCUGGGCGAUUGAAGGAGGCCGAGGUGGCGACGAAGAAGAUGAGCUUCAACGGUGUUUUGGAGUGGAAGGCGUUGCUAGCGGCGUGUAAGAUCCAUGGCGACGUCUCUCUUGCGGCUAAUGCAGCCAAGCGUGUUCUUGGUUUGGAUCCAGGGAAUUGUGCUGCGUUCAAGCUGCUCCAAAACAUUUAUUCCGAGAAGAUGGAGUGAUUGCAAACAAUGAUAUCAUCUUCGUUGGCGACCACCUUCUAGCUUCACAGGCAAAGUGAAUCAAAUCAGGUUUCUCGUCAACUUGUCAAGAUUUUGUUUUUGCAGGACUUCCUCGGUAGAAAUCGCGAAGAUCGUCCUGUCCACAGUGAAGGAUCUGAAAACUUCGAAGGAUCCAGAUUUCAAAAAUUUCAGAACUUUGGAAAGCUCUUUACCUUUCUAUUGCUGGUCCAGAAACCCCAGAACUAUUAAGUGCGAGUUUCGGCAAUGAGCCUCUACUUUGCUCCGGAAUUUGGAUCACGCUGUACAGUAUUCUGGUGUUAUUGCUUGAAAAGGUUUACUUGAAGUUCCAGUUCACAUCUCGAAAGGUGCAGCAUAUAGACACGAGAAUUGAUUAUUGUACCAAUGCGAGCAGAAACAAAUCCUCCAGGUUUGAAAUUUCCACGGGCGUGCUGUUGUGCACAUCUGAUUUUAUUUUUUUGUUGUUGUUUGUGGUCUUACUAAUGGUAUGCUACUGCUCUAGUAGCUGCUAUCUGACGGUGCUACUGCACUUACUCAAUGAUCGCGUCAUUCACAGCGUCGUCACUCACGGAAGUCAGUAUUUUCUCCUGUAUUUGCUGAUAACGACUUGGAAGACGACCUUUGCAACAAGGCGAGAGAGAUGCUACAGGUACUUUCUCUCUUUUUUUUAUCAAGAAGUAUUGAUGUAUGGAUCACUGUUUUGUCACAAAGAGCUCUUUGUGUUUUUGUGUCAGGGAGGCAUUGAAGGUGUCCGUCCGUCCAUGAAAUCCAGCUGGGGCGGGCUUGUCGCGUGCUUUGCUUUCGCAUUAAGGCGCAAAAUCGGAAGACUAACAGCACAAGUGCUGAGCCGAGCAAGAACAUAAGUAAGAGAGCGCUUGGGCUUUGCCAUCCAUGCGAGAGGGCGGGGCUAUUCUGGCUCGUUGACUUAAAAGCUAAGCUCAAAAGUGGAGCUUCACAGCAGGAGUGUGGGCAUAUUCUCGGGCAAUCAAUUUGGCGAAAGCAACAGAGAGGGUACAUACAAAGCUCCCUCGUCUUUAUUCAGAUGGGAGCAAAACUCAAGGGGGGUGGGGUUGGAGAUGGUGGGGAUCGAAAGAAAAGGAAAAGAGGUGGCUCCAUUUAGAACUUGGUGGCUACGGCCCCUGGCGCCUUCACUUAAAAGGGGUCGGUGUCUUUGAGCGCAUAUCACUGCUGACGCUGUAGCGAGCGUAGAAGAAGUACGUGGAGAUCUAUAGCCCAGAUGCACAGCUCCAAAGUCGUGACCCACCACCAUCUUUUGAGAACGUCAGCCUCCCGCGCAAAUGAUUUUGACAAGCUUGGCGCAGCUGCUUUCAGGACCAUCUGGGGUGGCUUGGGAGGGAUUUGGAAAACUCUGGAGCUUUCUUGUAAGUUGGAGUGGGUUUUAUCAUUCGUGUCCUGUCUCUCGGCCCAGUCCAGGGGUUUUUCUUUCUUUCCUUCUUUCUUUUUGCGAUGCUCAGAUUUUGUUUGUUCCUGCGUGGUGUCGGUAGAAUGGUGCCUUCGCAAAGUGGAGGUUGUAUCACUUUCCUUGGGGUCUGGGGUCUGUCCUCCUCAUAUGCGUCCUUUUUAUUUCACUUUCUUCUGUACUUCGAAUCUUCUGCUACUCUUCUUCUCUCUUUGCCUUUGUUUAUAGUCAAUCCCAGAGUUUACUCCACCCCAUUCGCCCCAGCUCAGAGGAGCAAAGAAACAACAGGCCAGGCUUGAACCAGCCCCAUAUGCUUUUCUUUAUGGUGCCCAUUAAAUGGAAUCGUCCCUUGUCUGA